AGAAAAGAGGGAGGCGCCACAGAAACCAUCCAAACAAACAAUACUCAAACAAACAACAAUGCUCUUCACGUCACUAAACUAACACUGCAGCGAUUGUUUUAUAGUUAAGAUGGCGGGUCAUGUCGUCGCGUUCAAAAGAAACAAGCUGCAAAGAAACUGAUCUCCUCUUGGUGCGGUGGCUGUGUGGAGGUAUGAAUUCCUAGAAUUGCUGUGGAAUGUUGGGAAUGCCGGAGAGAAGGCCUCCGCCCUGUCGUGCGCUCCAACACUCUUCCUGCUUUAGCAUGACUGGAUUGAACAAUACAAAAGCUCUUCUCAACACAAUAUCCGCUCAACUCCCCAACGUUUCUUCAGAGUUUUAUUUGAGCUCCGUGCUGAGAUGACGUAGCUCCACCCUCCCUCCAGCAGCAUGUUGGUCUCAUCCUGUAAUCACGGGCGAGCUUUCAGCCUGAGGGGCGUGGACCCGGAGACGUGUAUGAUCGUCUUCAGAAACCACUGGACACAGGUCCUGCGGAUCUUGGACAAGCAUGACCCGGGUCGCGGUGUCUCUCUGUCGGGCGCUCAGCGCUUCGGGCCGAUCCCCGGGGACGAGGCGAGCGCGGUGCAGAACUACGUUGAGCACAUGCUCUUCAUGUUAAUGGAGGAGGAGCGCGGACACGGCGGGGCCAUGGGACCCAUCCUGGAGUUCGUGGUGGUGGAGAACGUGAUGGAGAAGCUGUUUCUGUGGAGUCUCCGGCGAGAGUUCACCGACGACAUGAAGCUGGAGCAGCUGCGCACGUACGAGAUGCUGCUGACGCGAGCCAAACAACCUCUGCUGCAUCACAAGCCCGUCCUGAGACCUCUGAUGAUGCUGCUGUCCGCCUGCUCCAGCUCCUGCACCGCUCCGGGGAAACACACCUGCUCCACAGGUGGAGGCGGGGCGGAGGUGGAGGCGGAGCUUGUGUCUCUGCUGCAUCAGCUGUGUCGCGGGCUGGCGAAGGAAGCGUCCGUUCUCGAGCUCUUCUUCCACGGCAGCGAGGAUCAAGGAGCCGCCAACUUUCUGUUAUUUUCUCUUCUCAUUCCGUUCGUUCACCGUGACGGGACGGUCGGCGCUCAGGCCAGAGACGCUCUGACCCUCAUCAUGAACCUGUCGUCUCGAAACCACCUGGUGGCCAAACACAUCGCAGAAAGCACGUUCUUCUGUCCGGUGUUGGCUACUGGUUUGAGUGGUCUGUAUUCAGGUCUUCCAGCUAAACUGGAGGUGUACAGUGACAGCUGGUUCUGUCUGGAGAGAAACGACUGGCUGCAGGUUCCAGAACUCUUUCAAUUCCUCAACUCACUGAACUUCUGCAGCACCGUGUGCCAGGUGGCUCACCCGUCUAUCAGAGAUCAGCUUCUGGACUACAUCUAUAAUGGUUUUCUUGUGCCCGUCAUGGCUCCUGCUCUUCAUAAGUUGACUCUGGAGGAAGUGAUAACCACGACCGCCUAUCUGGAGCUGUUCCUGCGGAGCAUAUGUGAGCCCGCCCUCCUCCAGACCUUCCUCGUCUUCAUCCUCACACAUCGCCACGACAACGUCAACAUCCUGGACACGCUGGUCAGUCGAAUCAACACACCGUUUCAGUUGGGUACGGUUUCUCUGGCUCUGUUCCGCACUCUGAUUGGUCUGUAUUGUGAAGAUGUCAUGCUGCAGUUAAUUCUCAGAUAUCUGAUUCCCUGCUCUCAUCUGCUGUGUGGUGAGAGACUGAGACUGAGAGAGAGAGACUGUUACUCCGUCAGUGCGUCUGCGCUGCUCUCUCUCACGCCGACAUUCUUCAUGACCGAACCCCGCUGCUCUCCAUCACAGCCCCCCAAACCCGACUACAUCCUCUGGUCAAAGGUCACCGAGGGGCUGCUGAGGGGCAACACGAGUACGGAGGAUCUGUUCUCGUGCGGUGAUAGUGUGGGAUGUUCUCGUGUGAGCGCUUCAGAACCUCUGAUGGAGAAGAACUACCUGGAGUACCUGUGUGAUGCCCGCAGGGUCAUCUGUGCCAGCGUGCAAGCGUGCAGCGUUUGGUCGGCCCCGUACGACGGGCUCAACCCCUCUCCAGAUGAAUGGCGGGAGGAUGAGGAGGAGAACGAUGAUCAGGAGGGUGUUCCUUCUCAGACGCCCACCCCCCAGCCACCCUCUGACGGCGAGCGAGUCGAGCUGGAGUGGGACGACAAGUACGACGCCGCUCCGGACGAACACGGCAGUCCACACCAUGGGGACCGUCCCGUUCCGGACGAGCCCCCAAAACACAUCCAGGAGAUGCGAAAAAGCGCCAUCAUGUUGAUCGAAGGAUCAUACGUCGAGGAAUCAGACUUCCAGGACGACGUGUUGGUUUAUAAUCUAAUCGCACAAAAAGACGCGCGAGAUGACCGGCGAACGUCCAUCAAGAACACGAUACGUCACAACUGCGCAAACACCACGCGCAAACAAACUGACAAUAGCCACACGAACGACGAUGCACAAACACACAAUCAUCCUUGGCGCCGUCUCUCUCCAAACCCUCGCGGAUGUUCGCACGAAUCUGAAGCCGUGGAGUUGACAGCACGUCCCGGAUCACAGACGUCCGCGGUCAUUGUGAACGGACGCGCUUCUGAAGAACGCAAACGUCUCACUGUUGAGCAACAUCAGAUCAAGCCGAUCUCGACGUCAGACGACAGCCAUGACUUCAUCUCGCAAUGUCUGGAGCUCAUACGACAUCACGGAGGAGAAGAAGAGAGCGUGAUGAACGACGACGAACACCUCCAGAGACUGCGCACGCUACUGCGUGGAGAAGAGGAAGGUGUGGACUUCUGUGAUGAACAUGACGACGAAGAGCUGAACACAACCCGCAGCCAUAAACGAGGAGUUCCAUUUACAGGUCCGUUCAUCAGUGUGUUGUUGUCUCGUCUGGAGAGUUUGUUGGAGAACUCUAUCGAGGUGAAUCUUCUGCUUACUGGAAUAUUAGCUCAGCUGGUGUCUUAUCCACAACCACUGCUGAGAGGAUUCUUACUCCACACCAGACCGCUGCUUCAGCCCGGCUUAACAUCGCUCUAUCAGGUGCUGGUGUCAGUGAGGUCUCAGAUAGAACAGUACACGACAUCCAGACCUGAUUUUACUGAGCUGAUCCGUGAAGCCGCCCGGUCCCUGCUGCUCAAACACCAGAUCCUGCAGGAGCGAGAGCGAGACGUUGACCUGCAGGAGAACGAAGCUGGCUUGUGUAUCUCGUCUGGUCUCUGUAAACCUCUUCCUCCGUGUCCCAGAAUCCCGGCGCACAUGCAGAGUAAAGUGUUCGCCGUCAUUCUCUUCUCUGAGUUUCUGAAGGAGCUGGCAGCCAUCGCACAAGAGCACUCCAUAUUACCGUAG